UCCUACUCACAUCUCAGCUGAACAGUAAAGAUCAUUUACACCUGACAACAUGCUGUGGACCCUGUGCACUCUCAUCACUGCUCUAACAUAUGUUGAUGCAGUCAUCGUGUUGACCCAAACACCUGCUGUCCACACAGUUUCUUCAGGUCAAGAAGUUGUUCUCAACUGCAACAUAGAGAGAUAUGAUAGGAAUUCUGUUAGAUGGUAUAAACAAGUUCCUGGUGAGGCUCCUCAAUAUGUUCUAAGAUUUCAUCAUUCUGACAGCUCACUAAGCUUUGGAACAGGAUUCUCCUCAGACAGGUUCAACUCUAAAUCCUCAUCAAAUAUUGAUUACCAGUUCAUUAUCAAGCAAGCAGAAACAGGAGACUCUGCAGUGUAUUACUGUCAUACAUAUGAUAACUCUGCUUCUGCACACGUAUUCGGACAAGGCACCAAGCUGAUUGUGACAAGCUCCAGCCUUCCUCCUCCUGUCCUGACAGUCUUCCCUCCGUCCAGUGCUGAGCUCCAGUCCAACACAGCUUCUCUGAUCUGUCUGUCCAGUCAGUCUGUGUCUUUUGCAGAUGUGAGCUGGUUGGCUGGUGGGGGUCCAGUGAGCAGCGGGAUCUCUACCAGCACUGCUGUUCAGAGACCAGACCAGACUUACCAAAUCAGCAGCUCUCUGACCAUCCAGACAUCAGACUGGAACAUGGAUAAGGUUUAUACAUGUAAAGUGUCUUUGGGCUCGCAGACUUCAGAGAAAACCAUCAAGAAGUCAGAAUGUCCCACUGAAUAGUCGAGGACCAGAAUUUUAAAGCAUUUAAAUUCAGCUUU